UUAUUUCCCAUUUCAUUCAGCGGCAUGUAAAAAUCGUCCCAUUUUGCUCCCGCGCUUUCUGAGGGAAGGUUGUGCCGUGCACUUUGAGCUCAAAUAUUGACUAUUUUGACCAGACAGGCGAAGACUUAAUUCUGACACCAUGGGAGAACCAAUGCAGAUGACUAACGGCCACUCUGCAGGGGACUGGUGGGACCUCACCAAACCUGUGGGGGAAGUGGACCCGGAAAUCACUGCCAUCAUCCGCAAGGAAAAGGACCGUCAGAGGAGGGAAUUGGAAAUGAUCGCUUCAGAGAACUUUGCCAGUGCUGCUUGUCUACAGGCCAUGGGCUCAUGUCUCAACAACAAGUACUCUGAGGGCUACCCUGGACAGAGGUACUAUGGAGGCACCAAGUUUGUGGAUGAGAUUGAAGUCCUGUGCCAAAAGAGAGCCCUGUCAGUGUAUGGUCUGGACCCAGAGAAGUGGGGAGUUAAUGUGCAGCCUUAUUCUGGGUCUCCUGCCAACUUUGCUGUCUUCACAGCUAUUGUGGAGCCACAUGGAAGGAUCAUGGGUCUGGAUCUCCCUGAUGGAGGCCAUCUCACCCAUGGCUUCAUGACAGACAAGAAGAAGAUCUCUGCCACCUCUGUGUUCUUCGAGUCCAUGCCCUACAAGGUGGACCCAAAGACUGGGCUGAUUGAUUAUGAGAGGCUUCGGGAGAAUGCAAAGAUCUUCCACCCAAGGAUGAUCAUUGCUGGUAUCAGUUGCUACUCCAGGAACCUGGACUAUGCCAAGUUCCGUGAGAUUGCAGACGAGAACAACGCCUACCUGCUGGCAGACAUGGCACACAUCUCAGGACUGGUGGCUGCAGGGGCCGUCCCCUCUCCGUUUGAGCACUGCGACAUUGUGACGACCACCACACACAAGACCCUGCGUGGUGUCAGGGCAGGGAUGAUCUUCUUCAGGAAAGGUGUAAGGAGUGUUGGGAAGGAUGGGAAGCCCAUCAUGUAUAACCUGGAGUCUCCCAUCAACCAGGCUGUGUUUCCUGGGCUUCAGGGGGGACCACAUAACCAUGCUAUUGCAGGUGUUGCUGUGGCCCUGAAACAGGCUGCCAUGCCAGAGUUUAAGACCUACAUACAACAGGUCAUUAAGAACUGCCAGGCUAUGUGUAAAAUGAUGAUGGACAAGGGAUACCAUGUGGUAACAGAUGGUUCAGAUAACCACCUGCUGCUGAUAGACCUGAGGUCAAAGGGCAUCAAUGGUUCUAAGACAGAGAAGAUCUUGGAGGAGGUCUCCAUCGCUUGUAAUAAGAACACUUGUCCAGGUGACAAGAGUGCCCUGAACCCCAGUGGUCUGCGUUUUGGAACACCAGCCCUGACAUCCCGCGGUUUUGUGGAGAAGGACUUUGAGAAAGUUACAGACUUUAUUGACAGAGCGAUCCUGCUGGCUGUUGAGAUCCAGACAGUGUCUGGUAAGAUGCUGAAGGACUUCAAGGCUAAGAUGGUGGAGGAACCAUUCUCGUCCAAGAUUGCUGCCCUCCGUGCUGAAGUGGAGGCAUUCGCCAUCGCUUUCCCCAUCCCUGGACUGGAGGACAUGUAAAAACCAAGCCUCCACUCAGAUAGGCAGACAAACUUUACAACUUUCGUUUGGUUCUCAAGUUCAGUUCAUGUUUGGUUUAGACUUUGGAAAUAAGUUGACAGUGUUGAAGACAUGAAAAGGCAAUUGAAAUAUUUUUGCCAGCAGUAUGCUAUUUGUAAGUAUGGUUGAACGUCAUAUUUAAUUUUCCAGGAUCACUUUCUAAUGAAACAAAUAUAUGUUAUACGUAUAUCAGACUCUUAAUGUAGGCCAUAGCAAGUGAAUUUUAUGGAUGACAUCCUCUGCAGACUCCAAAUUCAAUGAGAGAGGGAAAAAAACAAGAGGCUACACUCAACUACACUCAAACUACACACAAGUGUAACUUCUCAAACAACCAACAAGUUUCACUUCUGUAACUACAGUCGUGGCUAUCUCACCACUGUCACUUCUAUAAGAACACUGUACCAUUUUGGUACUUUAUCAUCAUGCUGAUCAUCUGAGUGGAAAAUUUCUUGUUUUUUUUCUUCUUCAAAUUCAAAAUAAUGAGAGUGCUGAUAUCAUACAUAAAAUUUACUUGCUGUAGCCUUAUGAUUCUACUUAACUUAAUAGAGCAGUAAACAUUAAGUGACACUUAUGAACUUUAUAAAAUUAUACAAAUAUCACCUACUUGAAACAUACAUGUACCAUAUAUCAAUUUUACACCUCAUCAGGUUUUCCUAAGAAGCAUAAGUGAUUAUAGCUAGAAAUGCAAUACAUGUUUUAAGACUGCUUGAAUUCAGUAAUCUACAGGUUAAAAACUUAACAUUGAUAGAUACAUGUUGUCAUCUUGAUCAUGAACUACCUGUACGUAAGGACUAUCAAUGCAAUGAGCUAAAUUGCUCAACAACACUUGUGGCUAGAUUUAUGUUGUUUGUGUUUUUCAUUUCUUAAAAGAUUUGGAAGUAGUAGUAUGACAAAAAUAUUUCUUGAAGACAAGACAGAAUUUAACUGGUAUUUCUCUUUUGAUGAAAAAGAGAAUGGUGAUUGGUGAGAUGCAAGUGUAUGUCAAGCAGCACUUUGCAUGGAUAUGUAAUGAUUUCUUUGCAUGUCUGUGAAAGAUUUUGAUAAGUGAAUAGAUGAAAUGUUAGAACAAAUGAAUGGCAGAAGGAAUGUCAAUUUAGAGAUUUCAGAAUAGCCACAAUCAUUAUGAUACUUACAUGUAUGUGAUAGUCUUUGGUGCAACAUAUUGGCCAAAGCAUCAUUAUGAUAGGUAUAUGCAGUUCUGAUCAUUUCAAUUUGUCAAAAUUUUUUUCAAUCAUGUAUUUGAAUUUAUGGUAAUGGUUUGCAUAUGUUAAGAAUUGUCACAAAAUACAGUAUCUGCUGUACAUACAUGCUUUAAAUUUAGGCACGUAACACAUCAAGGCUGUAGCACAAGACAUAUCAGAAAGUUAAAGUUUGCGUACACAUUUUUGGAAAAAAAUAAUCUUUGGGUGCCAACAAGCUUUAAAAAGAUGGAUAAUCAUCUUGUACUGUAAGUCGGUUGUAGACUACCAUAAUGAUUACAUCCAUGUCUU